AUGGCUGUGGUUUGUGAAAUCACAUUCCACCAGAGUUCGAAGCCGAACAGGGGCAGUGGCGAUCGGCUACAGAUGGAGUGUGAUCAGCUAGCUGCAGCCUUGGUGGCUGCAAGCAUGGUAGAUGGAGGAGACCCCAUUGCUGGCGAGACAUGGAGAUUGGUUCCCCCUCUUCUUCUUUUUGCCUGUCUAUUUACCACUGCGUCUGGAUCGACUCUGAAUGUACGCGCUGAUGUCCCUCCCGGUUAUAACUCGCCUCCUUACUACCCAACACCCAAAGGAGGCUGGGUCCAGGAAUGGCAGGCUGCAUACGCAAAGGCUGCUGCGGUUGUCGCCAAUAUGACUCUUGCGGAAAAGGUGAACCUGACGACAGGAACUGGGAUUUUUAUGGGUCCUUGUGUCGGCCAAACAGGCAGUGCUUUGCGCUUCGGUAUACCAAAUCUCUGCCUUCAGGAUGGGCCCCUGGGCGUGCGGAACACAGAUCAUAACACUGCUUUCCCUGCCGGAAUUACUGUUGGAGCGACUUUCGAUAAAAAGCUCAUGUACGAGCGUGGAGUUGCUAUGGGCGAGGAAUUCCGUGGCAAGGGAGUGAAUUUUCAUCUGGGACCCUCAGUUGGUCCCCUUGGACGUAAACCUCGAGGUGGUCGGAAUUGGGAAGGCUUUGGGGCCGACCCGUCACUUCAAGCCAUUGGUGGUGCCUUGACUAUCAAAGGUGUCCAGAAGUCCGGUGUUAUAGCAACGGUGAAACAUCUUGUUGGGAACGAACAAGAAAUCCAUCGCAUGACAAACGUGGUGCAGCGCGGGUAUUCGUCGAAUAUCGAUGAUCGAACAUUGCAUGAAUUAUAUCUAUGGCCAUUCGCGGAGGCAGUCCGGGCUGGAGUUGGAGCAUUGAUGAUGGCGUAUAACGAUGUACCACAACCACUUAUAUUCAUUAUCUCAGCUUAG